AUUAUUACUUCCUUGCUACGAGAAAUCUUAAAUUAUCGAAAAAAUGAGUACACCAACGGAAGAAUUGAACCCGGAAGAAAAACCAGUCUUUAAAUUAACAUCCUUUCAAAUGUCCGCAAAAGUGGGCAACAAGAAAAGAAUGUGGAAAUCCUUAAAACAAGUUAUUUCAUCGGAAAGGAGUUUGCCUUGGCCGGAAGAUUACGUCCAUUACAGUUCUAUAAACGCACCACCUUCAUUUACUCCCGCAGAGAAAUUUUCGGACCUCUCUGGACUACCUGCACCUUAUACAGACCCUCAAACUAGAUUAAGAUUUGCUAACAAAGAAGAAUAUGCUACUAUUGUUUGUUUGCCCAUGGAUAUAACAGCUGGAUAUUUAUCUUUAAGAGGAGCUAGUAGUAUUGUAGGAUAAAAAUAUUUUUUUUAACAAUAUAAUUAAUUUUUAUUAAUGAUAAAAAUAGCUAAUAAAUAAUGAAACCUUUUGAAAUUCACAUCCUUCACUUAAAUUAAAUAAACAAAUCUUCAAGCCCCAUCUCUUAAAAAGACAGCCGUAUGUGUGUUAUUAUUUGUUUAAGAGGCGGCGUGUUAAAAACAGGAUGUAGUAAGUGUCCAAAAUUCGUGAUCUCGCAUGAAUGCCUCGAGUUAGCAUUUAUACGUCUCGGUUUCUUUGUCUUUUGAUUGGCGUUGUACACCGGGGACCCAGUUGACACCUGGACCUUAUGGAUGUAAAUGUAUUCUUUUGACCACGUCCCGUCGGAAGCGAAAAAAGUUUUAAAUAAAAUUAAUUGAAACCGUGCUUGAAAUCGGUCAUUUAAAAGCUUCAUAUAAAUCACUUUACGAGAAUGAGAACGAUUUAAAAAUUUUAAUUUAUGUUUUAUGGGGGGUUUAGUUGAGUUUUACGGCUGUAAAAUUGAUUGAUAUGGGUUAUUAGUUAAAGUUACGAGUUUCGAAAGCUUUUUUAUUUUUUUCUUAGAAAUAUGAGUUAAAAGUGGUGUUCUUUCUAACAAUUUUAAGGUGGACAAUAUCAUUUAGAGAUUAACCAAACUGAGUUAAAAAGAAUUUUAGUCCAUAUAAACCAAGUCUGAUCACCACAGCACUCAAUUUUAUUUAAAAUUAAUUGUUUCCGUAAAUUUGUAUUUAGUACAAGAAAUCCAUCUUGAGCUGCAUCUCGUCGAACGCUGGGAAAGGUCCAAUCACUAGCUAUAAAGUAAAGAGCACUGCCUGGAGAGUCUUCGUUCAGCAAUGUUGAUAAAUAUUAAUGAUAUUAAUUUUCAUGGCCAUAGAUGAGCUAAACUAGUGGACGCUGUUAAUAUCGAUGAUAUAUGCUCUCAAUUGAGUAUAGACAAAGGAUAAGAUGUUUUUUUGUCCAGACAAGCUAUAUGUCUCUGACACCACUAAUAAGAACAUAAACUAAGGCAGACAAAAGGCAAAGACUGAUCAUAACGUUAAGCAUCAAUGAG